AUGAUAUCCAAGGCCCUGUGUCUCGCUGUGCUCGUGGCUUUCGUUAUCGCAGAGGAAGAACACGGUUACGCCUACUCUAAGCAAUAUGUGUCACGUGAAGACGGGCCUGCAGAAAAAGUGCUCGUCAAAGGUGACGAUGAACAUGAGCAUCAUACCGACUAUUACACUCAUCCUAAAUUUAAGUUUGAGUACAAAGUAGAGGACCACCACACGGGCGACAUCAAACACCAAGAAGAACACCGUGAUGGUGAUGUGGUAAAGGGUAGUUACUCCCUGCACGAGCCAGAUGGCUCUAUCAGAGUUGUGGAAUAUCACGCAGAUCAUGAUAGCGGAUUCCACGCUGACGUGAAACAUGAAACUCACCAUAUUAUUCCUGAACACAAAGAAGAAGAAAAGCACGAA